AUGCAGCAGAGGGCAGCUCGCGCUGGAGUUCAGAUCGACAGGGGAGGACUGGGACAGCUUGAUGAGGCAAACAGAGGGGCAGCGGAGAAAAGGGGAGCCGAGGGCAAUCCAGAGCUGCUUCAGAUGCCUUUUCAGGCGGAUAUGGUUCACUAUUUGGACGUGAUGAGCGGUGCUGGGGGUGAAGUGAAAGAGAGUGCUGAGCUGAAGGAAGGGUUUGGGUUCUUUGUGCAGCAUCUGCUGUCAGGCGGGAUGGAGAAAGCGCAUGCAGAGGGGAGGGGGGGAGCUGGGGGUGAGGCUGCAGAGAAGGUACAUGGGGAGGGGAAGGGGAUGGGGGGUGCUGAGGAGAAGGUUGGUGGGAAGACGCAUGGGGAGGGGAAGGGCGGAUGCGAUGGGAAGGACGAUGGCCGACAUGGAGAGGAAGAUGCGGGGAGCAAGGUAGAGAUUGAAAGGGUUGCUGGCAAGUGCGGGAGGGGGAGGAAGGAGGUGAAGUGGAGGGAUACUUUGAAGGGACCUGUGUGGGAGAACUAUGUGGAUGGGAUGGCUUGGAUUCUGGAGCAUGGAGGGGGGGAAGGGAGGGAGUUCCGGUGCAGCCAUUGCAGUGGGGACGACAGCAGCAGCAGCAGCAGCAGCAGCACACAUCUGAGCCUCCUGAGCCUGAGCCUGAGCCUGCUGGUCAGGUUCGACGCCAUCCCCAGGCCCCUGGAGGGUAGCGGCAUUCCUUUGGAGUGGGAGGAGUGGCCUGGGGGCGAGGAAGCUGCUGUGAAGUUUCUUGUCAACCGAAAGGAGAGGUGUUUUGGGCUUGGGAUUGUGGAGGAGCGUGGUGAACCAGCUGAGAAGCUGACCCAAAUCCCACCUCAGCACACAUCUGAAGCAGGAAGGGGCGGGAGGCAUGCAAAGGAAAAAGGAUCUAAUCCAGAAGGCCAAGGAGAUGUGGACUUCCUGGUGGGGUUUGCCGGGUAUAUUAUGGACCCUCCUGCAUGCACCCAGUGCAGCACCUGCUCCAGAGAGUACAUUCAAUCUGUGUGCAUCGCUGCUCUCAUCGCCAACUUCGCCUAUCGCCCUGUCAGGCACCUGUUUUCCCGCGUGCUCUCGGUCUUCCCGCCCUCCUCCCCUGGCUUUGGCGAGCUUGUUGAGUGCUUCGACUUCCCAGCGCGCCUGCCCUUGAACCUGCACAUGCUGCUCAGGCGCGCCGAGCAGGUACCACUGUACUUUCUGAUUCGCAUGGCAGUGUUGUACGCGCAUCCUCUUUUGGUGACUGACGAGUUCAAGAAGGGAUACAGUGGGAGGUGGAAGGAGGAGAAUUCCAAGGUGCAAGGCCUCUGGGAUAGAGAGGCGGAUUAG